CUGGAUUACAGGUCAUAUAAUUAUGUUGGAGUAAAUAAGUAAUACGGCCAGGGAGAGCAGUUGCUUCAAUUACGCUGUCCUUGUUUGUUGUUUUCCCUUUGGGUUUAACUAAAAGCCUUUAUAAUAAUGGUUAUGAAAGAAAGAGAGCCUUUUUUUUUUCCUCCUCCUUUUUACUUCAAUCUCAGUGAAGUUAGCGUGUUUUGAUCCACAACCUUGGCAGUGCUGAUUCGUCAGGCGACAUGCGGGGGUGUUUUAGUAAUCAUCCUUUGCUACUGUAUUCCAAGAACUCGCAGAGAAAAGUAAGAAAAUCUCUUGUCAUAAUCAGAUCAGGAGGGAAGGAUGCUGGAACCGUCCGAUGUGUAGCCUUUUGACUUUGUUGUGAUCGGGAGGGACUUUAGAUGGGGCAAUGUUACGGCAAAGUUAGUCAAACGCAAGUAAAUGAAACAGCCACGUCACAUGCUACCACAACAGUCACAGAGGUGGUUCCAGCCGAUCCUGGGGGGCAAACGCCACUGCAAUCCAGUAACGGCGCUGUUAAUUAUGUUCAAUCAGUUAAGAACACUCCAGCUAGGUCUUCCAGCCAGAGUCCAUGGCCCAGCCCCUACCCCUACGGGGUGACUGCCAGUCCGCUUCCACCGGGUGUAUCCCCUUCUCCGGCCAGGGCUUCAAGGGGUUCCACGCCUAGGAGAUUCUUCCGGCGCCCGUUCCCGCCGCCUUCGCCGGCCAAACACAUAAAAGCGUCGCUGUUGAAGCGUCUUGGCGGGAAGCCAAAGGAAGGAACGAUCCCUGAGGAUCCUGGAACUGAGCCGGAGCAAGCGUUGGAUAAGAGCUUUGGUUAUGGCAAGAAUUUUGGAGCUAAGUAUGAACUUGGAAAAGAAAUAGGACGAGGGCAUUUUGGUCACACUUGCUCUGCUAGAGGUAAAAAGGGUGACCUUAAGGAUCAACCCCUCGCUGUUAAGAUCAUCUCAAAAGCUAAGAUGACAACAGCAAUAUCAAUCGAAGACGUUCGAAGGGAGGUCAAAAUUUUAAAAGCACUAUCAGGACAUAAGCAUCUAGUCAAAUUUUAUGAUGCAUGUGAGGACGCCAAUAACGUGUACAUAGUUAUGGAAUUGUGUGAAGGUGGAGAGCUAUUAGACAGAAUUUUGGCAAGGGGAGGAAGGUACACUGAGGAAGACGCAAAAGCAAUACUUGUACAAAUUUUAAGUGUGGUGUCAUUUUGUCAUCUUCAGGGUGUUGUGCAUCGUGACUUAAAACCAGAGAACUUCCUUUUUACUUCCGGUGGUGAAAAUGCUGACAUGAAACUAAUUGAUUUUGGUCUUUCUGACUUUAUUAGACCAGAUGAAAGACUCAAUGAUAUUGUUGGAAGUGCGUAUUAUGUUGCUCCUGAAGUUUUGCACAGAUCUUAUAGUAUGGAAGCAGAUAUAUGGAGCAUCGGAGUGAUCACCUAUAUUUUGUUAUGUGGAAGCCGACCAUUUUGGGCACGUACAGAAUCUGGAAUUUUUCGUUCUGUGCUAAGAUCAGAUCCCAGCUUUGAUGAUAUGCCCUGGCCAUCUGUCUCUCCAGAGGCCAAAGAUUUUGUUAAGAGACUCUUAAACAAGGAUUACCGAAAAAGAAUGACUUCUGUUCAAGCUCUAGCGCACCCUUGGUUGCGGGAUGACAGUCGUCCAAUCCCUCUUGAUAUAUUGAUAUAUAGGUUACUCAAGUCAUACCUUCAUGCUUCACCAUUCAAACGUGCUGCCCUAAAGGCUCUUUCAAAAGCAUUGACUGAAGAUGAGCUGGUUUAUCUCAGGGCACAAUUUAGGCUGUUGGAACCAAACAGAGAUGGGAGUUUGUCUCUAGAAAAUUUUAAAAUGGCACUUGCUCAAAAUGCCACUGAAGCGAUGGGUGAAUCAAGGGUACCUGAUAUUCUUAAUGCUCAACUUUGUGUGGCUCAGAUGGGAUUGCUUGCAUACAGGAAGAUGUACUUUGAAGAGUUUUGUGCCGCUGCAGUUAGCACACAUCAAUUGGAAGCAGUUGAAGGCUGGGAGCAGAUAGCCUCCGCUGCUUUUGAGCAUUUCGAACAGGAGGGCAAUCGAGUAAUUUCAAUUGAGGAAUUGGCACGGGAGCUGAAUGUAGGCCCGUCUGCUUACUCAUUCCUCAAAGACUGGAUCAGAAUCUCUGAUGGAAAGCUUAAUUUACUUGGAUAUAAAAAAAUUUUACAUGGCGUGACGUUUCGUAGCUCGAAUACAAGACAUCAUUAGUUUUUAGCCAUUGAUUAUUAUACAGUGUCUUGCCAUUCAUGACAUUUUGAUUUGACUUUUUUCAGACAAUUUUUAGCCGUUCAUAUUAUAUAGUCCUUAAAAAUUUAUAACAUUUUGAAUGACUUGUGGGGUUUUCUUUGUUUUUUUUUAAUCUUUCUUUUAGGGUAGGUUACAGGGAAAAAAAAAGUGCAUAAGUGAAUGUGUUUAAGUGAGUUUGUUGAGAAUGAGAGGACACAAUUUAGAGUGAUGUUCACUGUUGCUUAUGGUUCAUGUAUUUGUAUUGUACGUGGGUUUGAGUUUGAAAAAGUUGGUAAAUAAAAUCAUUGUCUUUUUUAAAAA